GGCACAGGGCGCUAGCACCGGGAGACCGCAGUUGUGCGUCGGGCGCUAACACUAGACCACCUCCCGUUGGAGGUCUCUCGGCGCAUCGGUACCUCUGCAGAGAACUUUACUUUGACAAUCUAAAUAGAGAUGUCAGUUUUGCACCCGGACAGUCCCGACAGCGGUAUUCUACUGGACGAAGGAGACGGCUACCGGACGCAUCUUUCCGAGACUGUACGGUACGGAGACCGUAAGACCGUCGUACGGAUGACGUCACACCUGUCGGCGGAAGCGGCGGACCGCGUCACGCACCGCGGAGAUUACGUCGCAACUGCGCCAGGAAAUUGCUACACUGCAAUGAAGAGAGAGUCAUCUCCCAGUGGCUACACAGCGUUACCCUACUGCUCGCCAGCGUAUACCGGUGAAACCUACUACCUCCCCGGCACACCAGAUUCCCCUACACACACAGAGUAUUACACUCGUGUGGUAGAAUCCCCUACAACCAGCUCCUACGCCAGCCCUGUGGCGAAUUCCCCAACAACCUCGCACUGUGCUCAGUCGAGGGUGAACCCCUCUUCACCUCUCCCCAGUCCUCUCUCCUGUGCCUCCUCUCCCUCUCCUUCCUCCCCCACUCUACCCAGCCAGCCCCUCAAAUCCAAACCUCUGGCUCCUUCCGGGGCUCCUCAAUCGAAGAAGAAACGCCCCGCACCGGCGAGCGACGAAGUGUGGCGCAGAAGACGCGAGGGAGCCAACUGCCGCGAGAGGCGGCGCAUGCAGCGGUUGAACGAGGCGUUUGAUCUGCUACGGGAGCACCUUCCUUCAGGAUCUGACUGCCCGCUGUCCAAACAUGAGACUCUUCAAAUGGCCAUGGAGUAUAUAGCCGCCCUGCAAGACCAGCUCUCCUAAUACCGCUAGCUUUGAGCGGUGAUUACCACGCAUGGAAAUGUGGAGCAAAUACUCAAACGGCUGUGGCUAGUUUAGUGUUGUGUUUUGAUGUUUAUUUGCGCGACUUUCGAAAUGUUUUGAUUGGCGUGCUUGAUGAAGUGUCGGAUUGUUCCUAUUGCAAUAAUACAUUGCUCAAUAUGUGAGCGAUGAAA